AUUUAAUAAAAAUAUACAAAUUAUAAUACUGUAUUAUUAGUAUUAUUAUUAAUAUUAUUGUAUUGAUGAUAAGAAUCUGACUAACGGCCUAUCCAGAUAAACCUGCAUCUUGCAUGUAAAGGUAAAGGUAUUGCACAAUGCCGUAAGACUUUGGAUCCAUCUUCAUGCACUGUUUCCCAUUGUGUUAUAUCAAAAUGAUCCUGAAAUUGUGUCAACAUUAAUCAAUGUAUCAUUGUAAGUAUGGCACGUACAUGAGAGGCAAUAAAAAUAUUUCACCUCACAAACGCAGCUGGAAGCUUUAGGUUGCCAAAAUCUCCGUCUAGUCCUCGACACCCAAACGCCUCUCAGGAUCUUUAAGAAUGCGAAAGAGCUUCUUUCUCUGACCUUCCCGAACAUUGCAACCCUCUACUUAUAGGUACGACCCAUUUCAACUACACAUAAAAAACAGUGGUAUGAUAGAUGAUAUUUAUAUGAAUAGUCUUAUAAAAUUCUAUUGUAAAUAAAAAGUAAUAAUAUAUGUACAUAUAUACAUAUACAUACAUAGCAAUAACAACACAGAGGCACAAACUAACCUCUCAUUAAAACUAUGAUUAUAGUUUUACAUAUACUGAGAUAAAAUAAGACAAAAAUAUAUAUAAAUAUAAAAAUAUAACUCUAUAUUAUAAACUUCUAAUAUUAUACAUUAUAUCUAAUAUUACAUAAAAUAAGAUUUUACCUUAUAAUUUCUGAUACAUUCCCUUAACCUACUGUUCAGCAUCAGCACAGAGCACUCUUCCCUCUUCCUCGCCUAGCGUGGGUACGCAAUGGCGAAUAAAUCACGUGAUUCAAGUAACCAAUCAAAAUUGUGUUCGCCAUUGGCGAAUCUUUUAUUAUAAGUCUUUAAUAGUGCUAGGCUGUACGCAGUUAUAUGUUUGGUAUAAGAAAACUGAGAUAAGUACUCUAAAUGUAAAAUUGCUAAGAUUUUUAUUAUAAAUUUGCAUUUAUUGUCAAAUGCUUGUCGUUAUACUCCAUAUUGUUUCCGGUAAAUCAUUGUUGCCAGCGCCACCAUUUGGUACUACAUUUCUGACAGAUUUUCGCCUCACUUUUGGAGGCGAAAUCAAGCUUAGUUCGGUCUUCUAGUUCUAGUCUUCAUAGUUGCAAAGAUGCUUUUCUGUUGAACACAGUCAUUGAUUUAUUCGAUGUGUUUUAUAUCUUAAUAACUAAUUACAUUUAAUGCUAAUGUUUUAGAUAUGUGAUCCAAAUUUAAAAAUACUCAAUGUCAAUGCAAGAUAUCCUGGAGCACGACACGAUGCGUAUACAUAUAUGGAGUGCUUCUGCUGCGCGACGAGUCAUGGAACGGGCAUACAAUCGUGGUGAACGACGAACAUUUCUUAUUGGUGAUUCAGGUUAUCCUUUAGAACCGUGGCUAUUAACUUCUUUGCCUAGAGAACCAGAAGGAACUCCACGUUUCAUGUAUAAUGAAGCGCUGUGUAGUGCAAGAAAUUGUAUUAAACGUCUCUUUGGUGUAUUAAAGUCUACUUGGAGAUGUCUUUCUCGACACAGAUUUUUGCAAUAUGAGCCUGGGUUUGCUGGAAGAAAUGUUAACGCUUGCGCAGUCCUCCAUAAUAUGCGGAAUGCUUACAGUAUAUUUGAUGAUGAUAAUAAUGACCUAUUUGAUGAAAUUCAUAAUGAACAUAUAUAUGAAAAUUAUGAUGAUGUUGAUAGCGUUCGUGAACCUCUUGCUAUCGCACGACGCAUGCAAGAUCGUUUAAUAGCAGAAAGAUUUGGUAGAUAACGUACAAAUU